AUGAAUAUUUCUUUAGAACAAUUAUAUGAGAAAUUAAAAGAAGUGAGAACAUAUUUAAUUAAAAUUGGACCGAGUAGACGUGAAGGAAAAGUUUUAAAUACUAAACUUAAAGAGGCCAAUGAAAUAUUUAGUGACUAUUCUAAGUUGUUAAUAAAUUUUAAUAGUAAAGUAAAAGAAGGUAAGAUUAAAUCUACUGAUAUUCCAUCUUAUCAAACUUAUUGUAAGAAUUUUGAAUCAUUAUAUCAGGAUAUUAUAAAAUUGUGUAAGCCCCAGUGUGUACAAUCUGAAAAUCCGAGCAAUAUGGAUACUUUCGAUUUGAAAACGGCUCUGACUUUAUUACCUGUUAUGUCAGAUGACGAGACAAGUGUAAAACAAUUAGUAGACAAUAUUCAGUAUUAUAAUUCUUUGUUAACAAAACAGGAAUGCAAAAAUAAUUUAAUUAAAUUCAUAUUAAAAAGUAGAUUAUCUCAAUCUGCUAAAUUACGUCUUCAAGACGAUUACUCUAAUGUUGAAGACUUGGUUAGUGACAUGCAGAAAGAGUUGUUGCCAAGAAAAAGCGCAGCAGCAAUUCAAAGUAAAUUGCAAAAAUUACGCCAAAAUGAUAUGCCAAUUGCUGAUUACGGUAAACAAAUAACAGAGUUAUUUGUGGACCUUACGAUAUCGCAAGCCAACGGUAAUACCGAAUAUUACAAUAUUUUGAAAACUGUUAAUGAAAAACAAGCGAUCAAGCAAUUUUCCGAUGGCUUACGAAAUCGUCGAAUCAGCACAAUAAUAUCUGCUAGAAAUUACAGCUCCCUCAAGGAUGCCAUUCAAGCAGCUCAAGAUGAAGAGACUUCAUCAUCAUCGGCCGCAGGAGAGGUGAUGGGUAUGUCCAGUAAGAAAUUUUAUUAUUCUAGGAAUUUUCAUUAUAACUCUAGGUACCCACGCGGCAACGGGCGUAAUCGGCAAACAUUUUCACAGCGAAGACACUACCAUGGAAACUCGCAGCGAUCGAGUUCAUGGAACCACUCGAACUCACGUGGCCAAGGACAGCGAGGACGAUAUAAUCGAGGUACGUUUCGUAAUUAUCGCAGAAAUCAAGGGAUAAAAAGAAAUAUAGUCAAUAUAAUUAAUGAAAACCAAAAAUCAACUUCAGAUGAACCCCAACUAGAUAAGUUUUUUCGAGAAUAA